AUUUAGUGCGAGCCUGCAAUGUUUGAAAAUGGCGGUGUAUGAGGUAUUCACCCACGCAGAGCUGCGCCGAUACAGGGCGUCCGUGUGCUCUAAGGCCACACUCUUCAUGUUCGCUGUGUUGGUGCUGACCUUCAUACCACCUCUGUUUGUUGUGUACAGAAGCUAUGGCUUCUGGCAGAAAGAGGCGUAUUAUCGGGAGUUUCCAGCCGUUACAUUCAAACGAGACUUGCUGCUGGUUGUUGAGCUUCAGGAUUCAGGGGAAUAUGUAACCUACAGCACCUACCAGAAAUACAACCUCCUGCAGCAAGAGCGUCUUCGGGUACCCGUCAUUAAGACACGAGAAGAGGACACCAAUGGCGACGGUCGGGCGGACAGAAUGGUUCUGAACAUCGAGAUGCCGCUGAACGAUGUGGAGAAUGUAGUUGGGGUGAAACUGCUGCUGUUCUACUACUACAGGCUACAGAAGUUUUCCUCAUUCUACAUGGAGUCCCUGGGUUACAUCGAGCACUUCUCCCCUAAUCCUGGCGCUGAGCUGGAAGUGUUCGGGACUCUCCGAUUCCGACAGAAACAGCCGCUGAAUCAUCGUGGAAUUGAUACAAGAUAUAAUGGCUCCCUGAUAAACCAGACCAGCACAUUUGCUGAAACCUACGAACUCUCCACGAUCUUCAGAACAUAUUCUCAGAGAAAUGCGACCACCAUGCUGGAGGACCAGUACAAGAUCUGGAAGAGUGGGCGUGGCACAGGCAAGCCGUUCCUCAUCUCAGCAACCAUCGACUACCCAGAGGAUGUGUAUCUCUACACCCCUGGCUUCUGGUACCUCAUCAAGUGGGGCUGGAUACAAUACGUCGCUGUGCUCUUCAUCUUCAUCUUCAUCUUCGAAAGAGUUAAAGUCUUCAUCUUUCAGAAUCAGUUUGUUACAACUCAUGUUGACCGAGCUUUCAAGGAGAAGAAACUGUUGUGAUGCGAGACUGACCGCGACACAUUGGACAAUGGUGCCUUACCCUGCUACACACAAGUACCACAGUUACUGGAAGAGGCACUGGUACUUAAGAGUUUCAGGCGUUGUAGUAGAAAGAAAAAUAUGGUUAAAAAUGAAAUUAUCAGAUAUUAUUUAAUUAGUAAACACCUGACAUAUAUCAUUACUCCUUAUCUCAAACGUUUUUUUUUAGCUCACCUGACCUAAUCAACGGAUCCUAUGAACAAGGCUGUGAAGCUGGAACUUUGUAUGAAUGAUCCCAGCUAUCUUGUGCUAACAAAAGUCACAUAAGACUGAAAACAUGGCGGCCUUAUUGAAAAUGUCAUUUUUGUCUAUGAAUAACGUACAUAUUUAGGAUACGCCAAGUGCAAGCCACAAGGAAUGCUCAAGGCCCUAUAUUAUUACCUGGUCAUUGGGUGUAUGUACAUGCAGGAGUCAAGCUGCCAAACAUGGUCGCCUAGCUAACUACUUUCCACAACCAGCAUCGCUUAACUUUACCUGUUUGUGACCACGUGCCACAGAUUUACAGUAAUGCAGAAUUACACAAUAACACUUUUUGGCGUAUACUAAUCCCUAGCCAUGUGUGUGCUAACUGACAAAUGCACACAGAAUUCCAAUCUGACUUCAAACUUGGCCAUCAUUGUCUUCGUAAUUAAGGUGAGCUAAAAAACGUUUUUACUAAAUUGUUUUAAAAGUCACAUUAAGAAAAAUGAAUGCUUGAGGACUUGCCCCCACUGUCUCUAUGUGUCGAAGCCAAGGGCAGGAUAGUUGACAAGGACUGUAGGAGGAGUUUGGCCUCCAUGGGUCAGUAGGUAAGACAGCGCUAGAAACUUACACGAGUCCAGUAGUUCUUAUAAUGAUACAUAUAGCAAAACCCUUGAAAAGGGCAAAUUUCUACUAAUCCUUAGGAUUCAUUAACUAUUGGGCAGUUUGGCAAGGACUUCUAACACUGUAAAAGAAGGCAGUCAGUCGUCACAGAUUGCACAGGUUGUCUUCUUACGUUGCUCGCGUUGAGCUAGCUCGUUAGUACGAUCAGUGUUAUAUUUGUAAAUUAAUCCGUCCAUUCCAGGAAGGGUGUUUUAAUGAAGUUCCUUCACGUUUAUAAUGUUAAUAAUGUCCUGUGUAUAUAUUGGCUGUAGAUAUUGUUCCUACUCUUUAACUAAAGACUGUAUGUAGAAAACAGUAUGAUCGUGGAACUCUCCAAUUACCUUCAUGUAUCCAGCAUCCAGGUUGAUCACGAGGUACACACACAUUCAAGCUCAGCGAUUCCUGUGAGCUAACAAUACAUGGUGACAUGCAAGAAGCGGAGUGCGUGAUAUGGAGUAAUUGCAAUUAUUUAUUUUGUCCUCGUGGAAAGUGCCACACAUGUGAAAUCAUGGCAAGUAUAUUCCAGAAGCCAGCUCGGAGGGCGUUGUUGUAAAUACUAGAUGGAUGUUCUAGAGUCGGUGAUAUGUAAAUAUUCCUAUACAUAAUAAAACUUUUAUAACAAAAUGAAA